GUGGCGAUGCGGCAUCGUUUCCGGUCAAAAACUCCCUCGGGGCGCGCUGCACCCGAAGAAGAUGCUCCAAACGGCGCCUGCCUUCGUUUUCUACACGCCACCGCAUGCAUGGACCCCGCUCGCUGGACCUGCGAGGGGCGUCCACCUGCACGGGCAGCGCCCCGGCACCGACGACUUCCGUAUCCCUCUCCUCCAGCGCCCCGGCACCGACGACUUCCGUAUCCCUCUCCUCCAGGCUGCAGCUCCGUCUUGUGCCCGUUCAGAAAUGCGCCCAUGACCUGUUUCGUUCGAUUGCUCUGCAGCUAUUCUUUUUUCCUAAUUCUCACAGAUAUUAAAAACGUUCCACCGCUGAUGCUGGUGCGGUUGCAACUCAGAUGCUGGGCAUCGCGGCUAGAUUCCUCAGCAUGAUGCUAAUCUCCUUUACCAAUCCAACAGAUCUCUUCGAUGAGGAAAAGACGUCUCUUUUGAGGGCCUGGCCUACCGUCUUCGGCCCUUGGCAAUGGCAAGCAUAGCCAAGCCGGAGGAGCAGCAUAUUCUCUCUCUUCUCCCUCCAAACACAGCGCCUAGAAAGCGACCUCCAGCCGCAGGCGAGGCGCCCACCCUUCUUCCUCCCCCACAUCAGAACUCACCGAGCACCAGCCGUACGUUUCUUGGCCCUUCCUCUCUCCCCAUUUUGUUCGUCCAGUCCUUCUCCUGGCGUCUCGAGCUCCCCGCAAGGUUCAUGGAGAGAUGGAAAUGCAUCAGCGUGGUGGCUCUCGUGCUAUUGCUGCCUGCUGCUUCUCAUGGAAGAGAGCUGCGUCUCAAGAAUAUUGAGAAGAGUUUCGUCUACAAUCAUACUCUUGCAAAGACUCUUGUAGAAUACGCUUCAGCUGUGUAUAUGACAGAUUUAACUGCCCUGUAUACAUGGACAUGCUCAAGAUGCAAUGACUUGACUCAAGGCUUUGAGAUGAGAUCUCUAAUUGUUGAUGUGGAGAACUGCUUGCAGACAUUUGUUGGCGUAGCUCAUAAUCUAAAUUCGGUGGUUGUUGCAAUCAGAGGAACUCAAGAGAACAGUGUACAGAAUUGGAUCGAGAACUUGAUAUGGAAGCAGCUUGAUCUAAGCUAUCCAAACAUGCCGAAUGCAAAGGUGCACAGUGGAUUUUUCUCCUCCUAUAAUAAUACAAUUUUGCGUCUGGCUAUCACAAGUGCUGUUCACAAGGCAAGAAAGUCAUAUGGAGAUAUCAAUGUCAUAGUUACAGGCCACUCAAUGGGAGGAGCCAUGGCUUCUUUUUGUGCGCUCGAUCUUGCUAUCAAACUUGGAAGUGACAGUGUGCAACUCAUGACUUUCGGGCAGCCUCGUGUUGGCAAUGCUGCUUUUGCCUCAUACUUCGCCAAAUAUGUACCCAACACGAUUCGAGUGACACAUGGACACGAUGUUGUGCCACAUUUGCCACCUUAUUUCUCCUUUCUUCCCCAGCUGACGUACCACCACUUCCCAAGAGAGGUAUGGGUCCAGGAUUCUGAAGGCAACACAACUGAACAGAUUUGUGAUGACAGCGGUGAAGACCCAGACUGCUGCAGGUGCAUCUCCAUGUUCAACUUGAGCAUUCAAGAUCAUUUCACCUACCUGGGAGUUGAUAUGGAAGCGGAUGACUGGAGCACCUGUAGAAUCAUCACAGCUCAAAGCGUUAAGCAAUUAAAAAAGGAUCUGGCCAGCAAUAUUUUCUUGUCAAAGCAUGACAUCGAUGUCUCCAUUGUUGAACCUAGUUUACAGACAGAUUGGAGCAGUUCCAGAUAGCCACAGUAUUAUUGAUCUCGCCCAAAUUUAGAGCCAAAAGACGGGGCCUUGUUUUUUCUCAAAGAUGAAGGAUCAGCUGGAAAAUUUCAUUCAUAUAGGGAUGUACAGAGUUUGAUUCACAGCUUGUGAAUAUGUAGACCGUAGAGAUGAUGUACAUUAGAACGAUAGAUUAUAGAUAGGUCUUGGCUUCUGUUUGAUGCAUGACAGAGAAUGCUUCAGUUGAUGCAUAAAACAAGAAUAACCUCAUUCAUACAUUGCAGCAAUGUCAGCAAAAGCUCUAUCAACGUUCUUGGCUA